UUCUUUUUAGAAACAAAGCGUCCAUUUUCCCUUGGGCUUUCUACUUUAUCCCGACUGAAAGGAAGCCAUGGACGCAUAUCCUUGCGUGACAAAUCCUUCAAUUACCAGACUAAAAGGUUGCCACAGUCCAAAUCCACUACAAGGUCCGCUGUUGUACCUGUAAGUGGUGUGCGCAACUUCAGCCGGAUAUUUCUACGGUGUGGCCUCUUCACAUUCUUUUCUAUCAACACAGUUUUUGCUGGUACCAUGAUCUGGAGUUAUGAAAAUUGGAAAUCUUACACCUCAAGAUAUCAAAAGGGAGAACUACGAAAACUGGUUUGUUAUUUAGUCCUUCGUUUAUUUACCUUUAAAAACCCUAUUGUAUCUUCGAAUACAGCUUGGCCUGCUACGUCAAUGGUUCUCUCCAUAUUCUCUCAUCAAAUGUUCUUCCACAUGUUUAUAAACAUGUACGUGCUUCACAAUUUCACUCAGCCGCUUGUGCGUCUUCUUGGGAUGGAACAGUUUUUUGCGGUGUUCCUCGGUGGGGGUAUUGUCCUGGCCAAGGCAAUUAUGCGCUCGCCCAUCCCUUCGAUCGGCGCCAGUGGUGCGGUCUGCGCGGCACUCGGGACUUUUUGUAUGCUUGAGCCACAGGCGCAGUUGUGCGUUCCCCUGCUGGUGAACAUUAUGCCGCACUCUUUCUCCGCCGGCUCCACAUGCUGGGCCAUUCUCGCCUUCGAAGCCUGUGGCGCCAUUCUCCUCGUGCGCCGCUCGCCCAUCGACCACGCCGCCCACCUCGGCGGACUUCUGUUUGGCAUGUACGUCAUCCAUGCCUUUUUCUUCUAUUGCACUGACCAAAACUACGCUACUGAUUCGCCAUUUGGGCCUGAUCUUCAUUUCAUUCCGCAUUACAGAGAAUAA